AGCAGGCAUGUGACCAUGAGGUCAGCACCAGGAAGUCAUCAGCUCCGCUCCACCCGACAUCCGUGCACACUUUCUUCUUCUUCUUCUUGGGAUGAGCAGCACAAACACACCUCUGCAGAAACAAUAGAACGCUGCGUUUGCACCGAGAUGGCGACCCCUGGAGGGGCGCUCCUGUUCCUCCUCCUGCUGAUCACCGCUGCAAAGAUUUCAGCGUACCAGUCCAAGUGUGGUAGCAUCGUGUGCCCCCCAGACAUGGACUGCAUUGAACGUGGUGGGAAGACGAGUUGUGCCGACCCUUGUGAGAUCUACACCCCCCUGGAUGACCACUGGCGAGACACACAGUUUACUUCACGUGGGAACAACGUAGAAUGUGACCGAAAUGCUGAGUGGAAGGGCUGGUAUCGUCUGCUCCUGGGGGGCAAGAGUGCACGUAUUCCUGAGAGAUGCGUACAGCCAAACAUGUGUGGAACCUAUGUACCACUCUGGCUGAAUGGCCCUCAUCCCACACAACGGAAUGAAAUUGUAGCUCGCACACCGUUUGGUUCCUUGGAUAGUGAUGGCUCCUGGUUCACGACCAACAUCCAUGUGAAGAAGUGCUCUCACUACUACGUCUACAAACUGGUCAAACCAGGGGACUGUAGUCUGGCCUACUGUGCAGAAUUGGAUCCUCCAUUCCUCAGUCACAUCACUUGUGGAUCUGACAAAAUCUGGGUGGGCGUGAAUUCAGCUAACUUAAGUGUCGCUGGUUAUAACCCGUACAAUGGCCACCUGGAAGACCGCAAGUGUUCGCAGAGAAAGGAAGAAAAUGGUGACGUGUUCUACGAAACUGACGCUCAGACGGGUACCUGUGGAAACAAAGAGCAGACCAACGGCACACAUGUCAUCUACUCCAACACGUUGUUCAUCUAUCCAAACCAAGAUGUCUCCCAACCCAUGAAGUUUCCUUUCUCAUGCGUGUAUCCCCUGGACACACACACCAGACUGAACUCACCCAUCACAGCGAUCCUGCGGGCCGAUGGAGAGGUUAAUCAGCACCAGGAUGAUCCAUCACUCCAAUCUGGAGUCCUGGAGGUGCCACCACCAUACUGGAAGGAAGGUGUCCUUGUUGGCUCAGGUCCCAAACUGGGAGCCUCCAUGCUCCUGUUCAAGGAAUCGGACUACAAGAAGCCUUAUCCAGCAGGUGUGGUGGUCCUUCCAGUGGGCUCACCAUUAUAUGUGGAGGUCUCUGUGGACAAGAAAGAUCCCAGCUCGGUGGUUGUUUUGGAGGAAUGCUUUGUCUCUCACUCACCAGACCGUGACAGUCUUGAUCGAUACUCCGUCAUCUCCAACAGAUGUCCCACUGACCGCCAACAAGUGUUUGAGUUUAAGAGUGGCUCAUCCCACCAGGCUCGGUUCUCCACCCUGCCCUUCGCUCUUCAGGGAGAAUACCAAGAUGUUUACCUCCACUGCAGCUUCAUCCUGUGUGACCACAAGAGUUCCUCUUGCACUCCGGUUUGUGAAGAAUUGGAUCCUCCAUUCCUCGGUCACAUUAUUUGUGACCCUGACAAAAUCACAGUGGGUGUGGAUUCAGCUAGCACAAGACGCGCUGGUUAUAACCCACGCGUUGGCAAACUGGCAGACCGCAUGUGUUCCCAGGCCGUAGAGCAAUACAGUGUCGUGUGGUACAAAGCUGACGCUCAUGAAGGUGCCUGUGGAAACCAAAUGAAGACCAACGGCACACAUGUCAUCUACUCCAACACGUUGUUCAUCGACCCAGCCAUCAAUACUCCUUUCUCUCUGCCCAUGGGCUUCCCUUUCUCAUGCGUGUAUCCCCUGGACACACACAGCAGACUGAACUCACCCAUCAGAGCGAUCCCGGCGCCUGAUGAAGAGGAUGCUCAGCACCAGGUCCCUGAUGGUCCAUCACACCAAGACAAAGCCCCGGGGGUGCUACCACGCUGGAUGGAAGGUGUUUUUGUUGGCUCGGGUCCCAAACUGGGAGCCUCCAUGCUCCUGUUCAAGGAAUCGGACUAUAAGAAGCCUUAUCCAGCAGGUGUGGUGGUCCUUCCAGUGGGCUCACCAUUAUAUGUGGAGGUCUCUGUGGACAAGAAAGAUCCCAGCUUGGUGGUUGUUUUGGAGGACUGCUUUGUCUCUCACUCACCAGACCGUGACAGUCUUGAGCGAUACUCCGUCAUCUCCAACAGAUGUCCCACUGAGAGCAGCUCAUCCCUCCAGGCUCGUUUCUCCACCCUCUUCUUCCGUUUUUGGCCGCAAUACCAAGAUGUUUACCUCCACUGCAGCCUCAGCCUGUGUGACCGCAGGAGUUCCUCUUGCACUCCGGAUUGUGAAGAAUUGGAUCGUUCACUCACUCACCUUAAUUGUGGCUCUGACAAAAUCCAAGUGGGCGUGGAUUCCGCUGGCCUGAGAAGCACUGGUCAUAACCCGCUCAGUGGCCACCUGGAAGCCCUCAAGUGUUCCCAGGCCACGAAGCACGAUGGUGUCGUGUGGUACAAAGUUGAUGCUCAGGAAGGUGCCUGUGGAAACACAAUGAAGACCAACGGCACACAUGUCAUCUACUCCAACACGUUGUUCAUCUACCCAGCAAACAACACUUCUUCCUCUCUGUCCAUGACCUUUCCUUUCUCAUGCGUGUAUCCCCUGGACACACACAGCAGACUGAAAGUCCCCAUCAACGCGACCCUGCCGCCCAGUCAGCACCAGGUCAAUGACGAGCCAUCACCCAAAUCUGGAGCCCCGGAUGUGCCACCAUGCUGGAUGGAAGGUGUCCUUGUUGGCUCAGGUCCCAAACUGGGAGCCUCCAUGCUCCUGUUCAAGGAAUCGGACUAUAAGAAGCCUUAUCCAGCAGGUGUGGUGGUCCUUCCAGUGGGCUCACCAUUAUAUGUGGAGGUCUCUGUGGACAAGAAAGAUCCCAGCUUGGUGGUUGUUUUGGAGGAAUGCUCCACCUCUCACUCACCAGACCGUGACAGUCUUGAUCGAUACUCCCUCAUCUCCAACAGAUGUCUCACUGACCGCCAACACACGUCUGUGUUCGAGAGCGGCUCAUCCCACCAGGUUCGUUUCUCUACCCCGUUCUUCCUUCUUCAGGGAAGAGGCCGAGAUGUUUACCUCCACUGCAGCCUCAGCCUGUGUGACCGCAGGAGUGCCUCUUGCACUCCGGUUUGUGAAGAAUCUGGGUCUCCAUUCCUAAGUCACCUUAACUGCGGCUCUGACAAAAUCCAAAUGGGCGUGGAUUCAGCUAAGAUAAAAAGCGCUGGUUAUGACCCGCUCAAUGGCAACCUGAAACUCAGCAAGUGCUCUCUGGCCACGGAGCAAGAUGGUGUCACAUGGUACCAAGCUGACACAAAGACGGGUACCUGUGGAAAUGUAAUGGAGACCAACGGGACACACGUCAUCUACUCCAACACUUUAUUCAUCUAUCCAGCAAACAAAGCUUCCUUUGUGUCCCUAAAGUUUCCUUUGUCAUGCGUGUAUCCUCUGAAGACGGACACCAGGCUGAAGGCACCCAUCAGACCAAUCCUGCCGAGUUUUGUCCAUGGUGCUGAGGUUGGUCAGCACCGAGAUCUUGGUGAUCCAUCACAACAAGUCGGAGCCCCGGAGGUGCCGCCACGCUGGAUGGAAGGUGUCUUUGUUGGCUCAGGUCCCAAACUGGGAGUCUCUAUGGUCCUGUUCAAGGAAUCCGACUAUAAGGAGCAUUAUCCAGCAGGUGCGGUGGUCCUUCCAGUGGGCUCUCCAUUAUAUGUGGAGGUCUCUGUGAGAGAUCCCAAAUUGGUGGUUGUUUUGGAGGACUGCUUUGCCUCAUCAGACCCUGACAAUCUUGAGCGAGAAGCCCUCAUCCACAACAAAUGUCCCACUGACCGCCACAAAGUGUCUUUGGUUGAGAGCGGCUCCUCCCUCCAGGCGCGUUUCUCCACCCUCUUCUUCCCACUUCAGGGUAAAUACCACGAUGUUGACCUCCACUGCAGCCUCAGCCUGUGUAACCGCAAGAGUUCCUCUUGCAUUCCGGUUUGUGAAGAAUUGGAUGCUUCACUCCGUCACCUGAUUUGUGACUCUGACAAAAUCCGAGUGGGCAUGGACUCAGCUAGGAUAAGACGCGCUGGUUAUAACCCACUCUCUGGCAAACUGGCAGACCGCAAGUGUUCCCAGAAAAUGGAGAAAGAUGGUGUCGUGUGGUACGAAGUUGAUGCUCAGGAAGGUGCCUGUGGAAGCACAAUGAAGAUCAAGAGCACACAUGUCAUCUACUCCAACACUUUAUUCAUCUAUCCUGCAAGCGGACCUUCCUUUCUUCCCCUGACACUAAAUUUCUCAUGCGUGUAUCCCCUGGACACGCACACCAGACUGAACGCAGCCAUCAAACCGCAGUCCAAUGAAACGGUUGGUCAGCCCGAGGUCCUUUAUGAUCCAUCACAACAAUACGGAGCUGUCAAGGUGGCCUCACCAUACUGGAAGGAAGGUGGCUUUGUUGGCUCAGGUCCCAAACUGGGAGCCUCCAUGCUCCUGUUCAAGGAAUCGGACUAUAAGAAGCCUUAUCCAGCAGGUGUGGUGGUCCUUCCAGUGGGCUCACCAUUAUAUGUGGAGGUCUCUGUGGACAAGAAAGAUCCCAGCUUGGUGGUUGUUUUGGAGGACUGCUUCGCCUCUCACUCCUCAGACCCUGACAGUCUUGAUCGAUACUCCCUCAUCUCCAGCAAAUGUCCCGCUGACAGCCAACGCAUAUCUGAGUUGAAGAGCGGCUCGUCCCACCAGGCUCGUUUCUCCACCCAGUUCUUCCGUCUUCAGGGUAAAGACAGAGAUGUUUACCUCCACUGCAUCGUCAGCCUGUGUGACCGCAGGAGUUCCUCUUGCAUUCCGGUUUGUCAAGAAUUGGAUGAUUCAUCUUUAAGUCACCUUCAUUGUGGCUCUGACAAAAUCCGAGUGGGCGUAAGCCACGCUGGUAGCCCACUCAUUGGCAACCUGGCAGACCACAAGUGUUCCCGGGCCACGGAGCAAGAUGGUGUCAUGUUGUACGAAGUUGACGCUCAGGAAGGUGUCUGUGGAAACACGCUGAUGCUCAGCGGCACAAAUGUCAUCUACUCCAACACUUUGUUCAUCUAUCCAGCCAACAAUGCCAUCUCUCUGCCCCUGAGGAUUCCUUUCUCAUGCGUGUAUCCCCUGGACACACAAACCAGACUGAACACAGCCAUCAGACCGUUCAAUGAAGAGGAUGUUCAGCUCCAGGACCUUGGUGAUCAAUCACUCCAAUCUGGAGCCCUGGAGGUGUCACCGCAGUGGCAAGUGGUGGAAGGUGUCUUUGUUGGCUCAGGUCCCAAACUGGGAGCCUCCAUGUUCCUGUUCAAGGAUUCGGACUAUAAAGAGCAUUAUCCAGCAGGUGUGGUGGUCCUUCCAGUGGCUUCACCAUUAUAUGUGGAGGUCUCUGUGGACAAGAAAGAUCCCAGCUUGGUGGUUGUUUUGGAGGAUUGCUUUGGCUCUCACUCAUCAGACCCUGACAGUCUUGAUCGACACUCCUUCAUCUCCAACAAAUGUCCCACUGACCGCCAACAAGUAUCUGAGUUUGAGAGCGGCUCAUCCCUCCAGGCUCGUUUCUCUGCCCUGUUCAUCCCUGAGGAAUACGACCAAGAUUUUUACGUCCACUGCAGCCUCAGCUUGUGUGACCGCAGGAGAAACUCUUGCAUUCCAACCUGCCCAAGCAGAGCACGACGCUCUGUCUCAGAGUUUCCUCCAAUCAAGCCACUAACCAUUGGACCAAUCACCUGGGAGAAAUCAUUCUGAGGGACGUCCACGGCAUUGGGAUUUUUGAUUUCAGUCUUUUUGGAUACUUUUGACAUAUAACAUCUUUUGAUAUGGCAGAUUUCAGUCUUUUUAGAUACUUUUGACAUAUAACAUCUUUUGAAAUGGCAGAUUUCAGUCUUUUUUGACACUGACAUGUACAACGUCUCUUGAAAUGUCAGAAAACUGUUCUUGGGAAAUCAGCAUUGUCAACAUUUAACCAUAUUUCUGGUGUGUAAUCAACACAUAUAUAUUCAUUAUUCAUUUGCGAUUGUUGACUGAGGUGUAGAUCAGGGGUCUCCAACCAGGAGCUGUGGAGCUCGCCAGCUGAAAAAAGCAUCACAAAAAUGACCACACUAUCUGAAAGCUACAAGAUGCAAUUCUGUUUUCAUACAUUUGUUUCAUGUUGUCGCAAAGUUUGUUGUUUGGCUUGAAAUCGCUAUGAAAAUCUCAGAAAAAAAAAAGUGUGGAGACCUCUGAUGUAGAUGAUGGUGUUUUACUAUUUUACUGCAUUUUACUUUGAGUUUUAUUUAGAGCUGCAACAAUGAAUGAAUCGAUGCGAAUACCCAAUUGACAACUAUUACGGUAUAAACAUGUAAAUAUCCUCUGAUUUCAGCCUCGCAAAUGUGAAUAUUUUUGAAUGUCCUUGGCCAUCCUUGAAAGCAGACCUAUCAUCUUUGUCUUUUACCCAAAACAAGGUAUUCACAUAUCGGCUUUGAUUUUGGAAAACAGCGAUGGCCAUUUUUGCCUCUUUGCGCUACGUUGCGCACUCGACCGCUAACUGGAGGUGUCCGUCUAUGGCCUAUCCCAUUACUCCAUUCAUUGAAACAACAAGCUCCAGAUUUUUGGCUCUGUCAGCUCAAAUAUUCUAUUUGUGAAGAAAGAGGCGGAUAUUAAAAAUGUGUUUUUAAAAAUCCAUCGAUUAAUUGCAAAACAUAAUUGACCGAUUGAAUCGGUGAUUAAAAUACUCAUUAGUUGCAGCCCUACUGUAGUUUGGUUUGUUAUUGAUUGCAUUCACUGAUAUUGUAUUGUGAGGGAUUUGAGAUGGAAAGUAGCUGCAGCCACAUCUGCUGUAAUGCAUGUUUGGAAAGAUGGUUGUGUUCAUUGUUCCUGUUCAAUCAACAAUAAAGUGAUUAUUAAAGUGA